AUUUUCAGGCCCAGAAAAUACAACCUGAUAAAAUUUUUGAAACACAAAGGAAGAAAACCCAUGGAAAAACCCUAAACAAAUGGCGACAUUUCUUCUUCUUCCUUAUCUUCAAUACUCUCACUCUCAUCACUCAUUACUUCUAAACCCUAACAAAAAAAUCAGUCAAUUUCUAGAAAAAUCUCGAAAUCCAAAUGCAUUUAAACGAAAUUUGAAUCCUCGUUAUUAUUUACUGAACCCGCCAAAAGCAUCCAAUUUGGAAGAUGAUAACACCAACGGAGCUGUUGAAAUUGAAUCUCCGAAACCAAGUCGACGUGGACGUAAAAAGAAGGCCAUGUCAUCUCCUUCGACAAAGAACACCAGGCGUUCGAAGAAAAGCGAAGACGAAAACGGCGCGGUUGAGGCUAAAGAGACUGUCACAAUGGAAGUUUCGAGCGAAGACUUAGGAGAUUACGAUGAUGGCAUGGACUUUCUGUACGAUGAUCCUCCGUUAAUCUGCUGCUUCGGCGCUGUACAGAAGGAGUUUGUGCCUACGGUGAGAGUGCACGACAACCAGAUGCACCCGGACAUUUACUCCACGUGGAAGAUGCUACAAUGGGACCCGCCGGAGUUUGUUAGGGCCCCGGGUGGACCACCGUCCAACGUGGCGAUAUCGCACGUGCGUUUGGGCGGGAGAGCGGCUUUUAUGGGGAAGGUUGGGGCGGAUGAUUUCGGGGAUGAGUUGGUUUUGAUGAUGAAUAAAGAGAAGGUGCAGACACGCGCCGUGAAGUUUGAUGAGAGUGUAAGGACUGGUUGUACGUAUAUGAAGAUUAAAUUUGAGAAUGGGAAGAUGAGGACUGAGAUUGUUAAAGCCGCAGCUGAGGAUUCACUUCUUAGCUCUGAGUUGAACUUGGCUGUCCUCAAAGAGGCUAGAAUUUUCCACUUUACUUCUGAAGUUCUGACCUCCCCGACCAUGGAGGCAACACUUUUUAAGGCAAUUGCAUUGUCUAAGAAGUUUGGGGGGCUUAUAUUUUUUGACUUGAAUUUGCCAUUGCCUUUGUGGAGAUCACGUGAUGAGACACGAGAAUUGAUCAAGAAAGCCUGGAAUGAAGCUGACAUUAUUGAGAUUUCAAGGCAAGAGCUGGAGUUUCUUUUGGAUGAAGAGUAUUAUGAAAGGAAAAGAAAUUACAGGCCACAAUAUUAUGCUGAAAAUUAUGAACAAACGAAGCACAGGCGGCGGGAUUAUUAUCAUUAUACCCCUGAGGAAAUCUCUCCAUUAUGGCACGAUAGACUUAAAUUUUUGUUUGUGACUGAUGGAACGCUUAGGAUUCAUUACUAUGCCCCUUCUUUUGAUGGUGUGGUGGUCGGAACUGAAGAUGUGCUCAUAACGCCGUUCACUUGUGAUAGGACUGGUUCUGGUGAUGCAGUAGUUGCUGGUGUUCUGAGAAAGCUGACUACUUACCCUGAGAUGUUUAAAGAUCAAGAUGUUUUGGAGAGGCAGCUUCGCUUUGCAAUUGCCUCAGGGAUUAUUGCACAGUGGACGAUUGGUGGGGUGAGAGGUUUUCCCACUGAAAGUGCAACUCAAAAUCUGAAAGAACAGGUCUAUGUACCUUCAAUGUGGUAGUUGAGAGCCAAAGAUAUACACGUUGCGAGGAUGCAAUAUGCUAGUUCACAGGCAGACUACGAAAAUUCAUAUCUGAUUAGGAAGAGUGAGAUUCCAUGUUGUAGAAAAGGCUGCAUCAAAUGGUACGUUUACGAACUCUGUUGAGUUCCAUCCACGUCUUGAGGUACUAUUUGAUAAGUUAGCAUUUGAUGUUAUUAUAAGUUUUGUAGGCCAGGAAUGGUUUGUACACUAUUCAUUUUGUAAUUGAAAUUUAUUAUUAUGUUC